CUGCGCGAGCCCAGGAGCCCGAGAGCCCGCGUCUCAGCGAGGCCGGAGCCCGGAGCGGCCCCGCGCCCGCCCGAGCUCACCAGAGCGGCCGAGCCUCCCGGGGCCGCAGGCCCUGCCGUGGGAGCUUUUCCAAGCCAACCUGCUUCAGAAAUUCUUCAGAGUGACCUUGGGCUGCAAAGCUGUUGUCCACGUGGACUGGAGCUGACAUCACACGCCCACCCAUCCGGACCCCCUUGUCCAGACUCAACCCCCGAGAUAUGGCGACUAACGGCAGCAAGGUGGCAGAUGGACAGAUCUCCACGGAGGUCAGCGAGGCCCCAGUGACCAGUGACAAGCCCAAAACUCUGGUGGUGAAGGUGCAAAAGAAGGCUGGCGACCUCCCGGACCGGGACACAUGGAAGGGCCGCUUCGACUUCCUCAUGUCCUGUGUGGGUUACGCCAUUGGCCUGGGCAAUGUGUGGAGGUUCCCUUACCUCUGUGGGAAAAAUGGCGGAGGGGCCUUUCUGAUCCCAUACUUCCUGACGCUCAUCUUCGCGGGGGUUCCCCUCUUCCUGCUGGAGUGUUCACUGGGCCAGUACACCUCCAUCGGGGGCCUGGGUGUGUGGAAGCUGGCCCCUAUGUUUAAGGGAGUGGGCCUUGCGGCGGCCGUGCUAUCUUUCUGGCUGAACAUCUACUACAUCGUCAUCAUCUCCUGGGCCAUCUACUACCUAUAUAAUUCCUUCACCACGACACUGCCAUGGAAACAGUGUGACAACCCCUGGAACACUGACAACUGCUUCUCCAACUAUAGCAUCGUCAAUACCACCAACAUGACCAGCGCUGUGGUGGAGUUCUGGGAGCGCAACAUGCAUCAGAUGACGGAUGGGCUGGACAAGCCAGGGCAGAUCCGCUGGCCACUGGCCAUCACGCUGGCCAUCGCCUGGAUCCUGGUGUACUUCUGUAUCUGGAAAGGUGUUGGCUGGACUGGAAAGGUGGUCUACUUCUCCGCCACGUACCCCUACGUCAUGCUCAUCAUCUUGUUCUUCCGUGGAGUGACGCUGCCCGGGGCCAGGGAAGGCAUCCUCUUCUACAUCACGCCCAACUUCCGCAAGCUGUCUGACUCCGAGGUGUGGCUGGACGCAGCCACGCAGAUCUUCUUCUCCUAUGGGCUGGGCCUGGGCUCCCUGAUCGCCCUCGGAAGUUACAACUCUUUCCACAACAACGUGUACAGGGACUCCAUCAUCGUCUGCUGCAUCAACUCCUGCACCAGCAUGUUCGCGGGAUUCGUCAUCUUUUCCAUCGUGGGUUUCAUGGCCCACGUCACCAAGAGGUCCAUUGCCGAUGUGGCGGCCUCAGGCCCUGGACUGGCAUUCCUGGCGUACCCCGAGGCAGUGACGCAGCUGCCCAUCUCUCCACUCUGGGCCAUCCUCUUUUUCUCCAUGCUGCUAAUGCUGGGCAUAGACAGCCAGUUCUGCACAGUGGAGGGUUUCAUUACCGCGCUGGUGGAUGAGUAUCCCAGACUCCUGCGCAACCGCCGGGAACUCUUCAUCGCUGCAGUGUGUGUUGUGUCCUACCUGAUCGGCCUCUCUAACAUCACCCAGGGGGGCAUUUACGUCUUCAAGCUGUUUGAUUACUACUCAGCCAGCGGCAUGAGCCUGCUGUUCCUCGUCUUCUUUGAGUGUGUCUCCAUCUCCUGGUUUUAUGGUGUCAACCGGUUCUAUGACAACAUCCAGGAGAUGGUCGGCUCCAGGCCCUGCAUCUGGUGGAAGCUAUGCUGGUCAUUCUUCACGCCCAUCAUCGUGGCGGGCGUGUUUCUCUUCAGCGCCGUGCAGAUGACGCCUCUCACCAUGGGAAGCUACGUUUUCCCCAAGUGGGGCCAGGGCGUGGGUUGGCUCAUGGCUCUGUCCUCCAUGGUGCUCAUCCCUGGCUACAUGGCCUAUAUGUUCCUCACCCUAAAGGGCUCGCUGAAGCAGCGCCUCCAGGUCAUGAUCCAGCCCAGUGAAGACAUCGUGCGUCCGGAGAACGGCCCUGAGCAGCCCCAGGCUGACAGCUCAGCCAGCAAGGAGGCCUACAUCUAGGGGUGCAGCUGCUCGCUGCCCCAGUGCAGGCACUCCGGCCUGGCUGCAGGACACCCCCUUGAAGACUGAAGAUGCCCUCUGUCUCCACCUACCUCAAGGGGUGGUUCCAGACAUCAUCGCCGCCUCACAGAGAGGGGAGGCAGGGGACAGGCCAACCCUGGGUGGGCCCUGCAGUGGGCAGUGACCCUGGGGAGCUUCCACCAUCGAUGAGGUGGUCACCAUUCACUGGGGCUCACAGAACACUGAGCAGGUGGCUCAGCAUUGGUCGCUGUCACUGUAGCUCAUUUUUUAUCCUGCCAGAGAGGGUGACCCCUGGGGGCCACACCCUCCCGGCUUUGGUCAUAUUCCUGACUGUUCUCCUACUGCCGAAACCGUGACUGUUAUCUUGAACUUGACUGCCACGGGCAGCUUUGGACCAGGGCAAGGGCAUUUCACAGGGAGCCAGCCAGGCUCUGCUUUCCACUUCUCCUUCCCGAGGCAGCUUUGACCCACCCCCAGAGACCUCCAAGGCUGUUUCCUGAGCUGUCGCCUUGAAAUAGUAUGCACGGGGUCCUUUGACGCUGAGACCCCAGGGCAGCUCAGUACACCUGUCCCACCUCACCAGGUGGCAUGCCCAGCAGCAGCUGGUGCCAGAGGGGCUCCGCGUGCUAGAAGGGAAAAAGCCACAAGCACAACUGAUUUCUUUUGGUCACCGUUCCAGGGACCUCAGGACCCGCUGGGGACCUUCCCCAAAGUAAGAUCUGUGGCUGCGCUGAGCUGCCACAAGCCACCACCAGGGAAACCAUGCUGAAGGGUCUCUCUGGAGUCGACAGCAAUCCAGCUAGCCGCAGGUUUCCCUUUUAGAUUGUCACUGCCACCCUGUUCCCAGCUGCUGCCGCCUCACCUUUCUUGAGAGUCCCCUUCCCUACCCACCCACUAAAUGAGGGCUAAUACAGAGGCCCCUCACGCCCCACCCCUGUGCUGUGCUUCUUGGGCUAACCUGCUUCCUUGGGAAGUGUCUCUUGUCCCUCUCUGGCAUUGGGCUCUGUGGUGUUGAGGGGAAAGAGGUGGAGGCAGUUUCUCACAACUUUGGCAGCUCGGCCUUUCUCAUCUGACGGGAGGACGGGCUCCCAUGUAGCAAAGCAUACGUCAUGCCCAUAACUCAGUAGUUCUAUAGCUCACAACCUGUGUAUUAUGACUAACCUUGAAUAACUAUGGUGAAUAACUGUGACCGUGGGUUUUUUAAUCUCUUCUCAUCCUCAUCCAGAAGUGACCAGCAUACCGGUUUUUUUGCAAUAAGAUAUCACCCUCAGAGUAUUAAGCACAUUAUUGUAGAGAAUAAAAACACGUAUACACAUAGAAAUGCACACACAUGCACAUUCGUCCUCACGUGUGGCAUUUAGGGUCCCAUGUGAUACCGUGUAGGCAAUCUUCUAGCUUGUCUUGAGGCUAUCUGCCAAAGGGUCUCACUGCUCAGUGUUGACUCUGAGGUCAACAUGCAUAGGUUUCUGUCCCUAGAGUUCGAUGUGUGCAAUGAAAGACCCCUACACUGUGUCUCAUGGUCCCGUCCCUUCCCCACUGUGUGUGAAGCCACUUAGAAUAAGGGCAGGAGACUUCCUUCUCAUUGUUCUUCGGUGUGAAACUGAGACCAAGUCUUUUUAAGAUAAAUGCAGGAUAUUUAAUGUUUGUAAGCAAUUCUAACUGAGAUGUUUGGCAAGAAAUCCCCUAACUGAUUUCCAUCCAAACUCACCUUAGAGCACAAUAUUAAGUGUUGUACAAUUACUGUGAGAACUGUGAAUAUGUGUAACUUUUCUUUUUUUAGUAUUUGCCCAGGGGGAAAAGAUAUUGUAUUAUCAUAUAUGCUUUUUUGCAAUAAGGAUUUAUUCUAAGAACACCAAGUAAAUCUAUCUCUAUAUAAAAAUAUAUGUAAUAUAUACAUAUUCAAACUAUAUACAGAGCCUGUUUUAAAAAAAAUUACAGUAUUAUUUAGUAAGAUUAUCUGUUCUAUGGACCAAAUGUAAAAUAUUUAUAAAUGAAGAUUCAUUUUAAAUGUCUAUAAAGGAUGUCAUAACUAGAGCACGGGUGUUAUGUAAGUUUCUAAGAAUUUAGAGGAAAAAUAAUAAAGGUUCUAUGAUAUGCAGCA